UACCAAAUCGAACGGAAGGUGUUGUGCAUUUUUAUAAUCGCGAAAGAAGUUGCUCGGGAUUUUGUGGAGGUGUUUCGAGUCAUUCGAAAAUAAUUCACGUUCGAGGUGAUUCUUGGAGGUUGAAUUAGUGCGCGAACUGGGAGUGACACUACCGAAAGAAAGGAAAAUGGCGGAGAGAAAUAGUGCGAAAAAAAAGUUGGCCGUAGCCACCGAAGAGGAAAAUAGUGUGAAUGUAAUUAGCGAGCUGGAGCACACCAAGGACAACAUCGUCGAUUCCUUGGGGUUGCUGGAGUUCUACGUGCAGGAAUUCGACAAGACGGAGAAGAUCCAAGGACAGGUAGGAGCGUGGGCAGAGAAGUUGGAGCAGUUCUAUGAUGAUUACCAUCGGGUCGUCGCGAAACUGGAGAGUUUCUCCACCGAAGAGGAGCCCGUUGACUUAAAAGGUGAGCGUAUCGAUUUUGACACCCGGUAUUACGCGCUGCGCGCGUUUUACAUGAGUAAAUUGAAGAAAUCCAGUGGUUCAGCGUCCGUAAAUCCUCCGCCUCCGGUGAGACCUCUUAACAUACGGCUACCGGAGUUGAUUUUGCCUAAAUUUAGCGGGAAACUGGAAGACUGGUGUGUUUUUCGCGAUUCGUUUGAGUCAGCGGUUGGUUCUCGUGACGAUAUCAGUGCGGUCGAGAAGAUGCACUAUUUGAAGGGCCUAGUGCAUGGAGAAGCAGCGCGCAUCCUCGACCCGAUAAAAAUCAGCGAGCAGGGAUACAAAGACGCCUGGCGAUCGUUGCGUCUGCGGUUCGAGAAUAAACGUCAGCUGAUCAAAUGCCACAUCAAAACCCUCUUCGAUACCCCAACGAUGCGCAAGGAGAGCGCCGAAGAACUUCUGACCUUGGUGGACCGUUUUGAACAACAAAUUUCCGUUCUCAAGAAUUUGGGAGAACCGGCCGAUCGUUGGAGUUCUCUUCUUGUUUACCUGUUGUCUGUCCGUCUCGAUCCGAGUACGUUACGCGAAUGGGAGAAUCACUGCGCCAAACUCGACGCCGAUAACAUCGCCGCUGUUCUGGGAGGUACCGCCCGAGAUUUCGACCAUAUCAACGAGGAGUCAACAGCAAUGCCUUCGUACGUUUCCAUGGUCAAUUACCUCCAGAAUUAUGCUCGAGUUUUGCAAGCCGUCUCUCCUAUCGUCUCCCAGUCUGCUCCACGCUCCAAGCCGCCUCGCCCUCUGCCUCCACCUACCAAGUUCGUUUCGUUUCCUGCAGCAGCACAGUCUGAACCGUCCAGUUCAGCUGCAGCCAGUGUCAUCCAGUCGUCGAAACCAUGCGUCAAGUGCGGUCAAGCGCACUACCUCUACCAGUGUCCCGAGUUCCGCAAGAUGACCGUCACCCAACGAUCGGAGCUCGUGCGGCGAAACCGGCUGUGUAUGAACUGCAUGCGUUCAAACUCUCACUAUGCGAGGACCUGUUCUGCCCAGAGAUGUCGUGUGUGCUCCAAGAAGCACCAUACUCUUCUGCACUUGGAUUCUACCGAUUCAGGUGUCGGUUCUGGCAGUCAGUCUAAUACCAGCUGCUGCGUGGCACUCCAGCAACAAAACUCUUCUGCUCCACAAGCCCAAGUAGCAUCCGUUUCGCAAACCGCGAAGUCCGCCACCACAGUCGCCGUCCAGCAACUGUCUCCCUCUACGUCGAACAACUACAACGUCAAUGGCUCUUCUGGAAAUCCACAGUACGCUCUCGUUACGCAUUCUGCGGGGACGAUUCCAGAAGCUGUCUUCCUACCAACCGCCAUGGUGAACAUCAGGGACAGUAGAGGUCGAGUUUGCACCGUGCGCUGCUUGUUGGACUGUGCUUCCCAACGUAGUUUCGUGUCGAAGGCUGCAUGUGAUCGACUGCAGCUCCCCCGUAUUCGUCUACCGAAUUCAAUCACCGUCAGCGGAAUCGGUAAUGCUACAACAUCGGUUGAGUACCAGUCCACGGUGACGAUCUUCUCGCGAGUGUCGCCGUUCACCAUCAAGGACACGAUGUUGGUGCUGCCAUCAAUCACUGUGAAGCUUCCACAGUCGACGGUAGACACUCGUCACUGGUCCAUUCCUCGCCAUCUGGAUCUUGCCGAUCCUACAUUUGCGGUUACUGGAAACAUUGACAUUAUCCUGGGUGCAGCACAUUUCCUCCGUGUGCUCCGUUAUGGUCGUAUUUCGCUUGGAGAUGACUUGCCUCUGCUGCAAAGCACCGAGUUCGGUUGGGUCGUUUCCGGAAAAUGUGUGCUGAGCAACCACGACCACAGUGAUUCGCAAAGAUGCCAGUUCAGCAACCCUUGCACCAUCAACGAGCUGGUCCAUCGUUUCUGGCAGCUUGAAGAGAUCCAGAACAACAAGGGAUGGUCACCGUCAGAACGGUACUGCGAAGAGCACUUCACCGCUAACACCGUUCGCAACGCCGAUGGACGCUACGUUGUGAGACUUCCCAAACGUGAGGAGUUACUUGGGCAGCUACGAGACAACCGCUACAACGCUACAAAACGUUUCUACGGGCUGGAACGUUCGCUCGCUGCAAACCCUAUGAAGAGAGCGUUGUACCAGGAGUUUAUUCGUGAGUACCUCAACUUAGGUCAUAUGUACGAGGUGAAAUCUGCCGAAGAGGAUCUCCAGCCGCAGUAUUUCCUCCCUCAUCACGCUGUCAUGAAGCCAGAGAGUACCACGACAAAGAUGCGCGUUGUUUUCGAUGCGUCGUGCCGUUCCAAGUCAGGCCUGUCGCUCAACGAUGUUCUUCUCUCCGGGCCAACCAUCCAAGAUACUCUGGUCACAAUCGUUUUACGCUUCAGAUUCCACAACUACGUCGUCUCAGCUGACAUUGAGAAAAUGUACCGUCAAGUCCUGGUCCACGAAUCAGACCAACCUUUCCAGCGAAUUCUGUGGCGUGACGAUCCUGUUCUCCCGCUCAAGGUGUUUCAACUUCGCACUGUCACCUACGGCACCAGUAGUGCCCCGUUUCUUGCGACCAGAGUAUUGUCGAAGCUCGCCGACGAUGAAGAGAAGACAUUCCCGCUCGCCGCAUCUGCCGUACGUCACGACUUCUACGUGGACAACCUACUCACAGGUUCUGACAACGCUGGUACUCUCGCCAGCAUUUGCAGGGAGAUUAUUGCAGUGCUAGAAUCUGCAGGUCUUCCUCUCCGCCAGUGGUCAUCCAAUUCCGAAGUUGUGUUAAACGGAAUUCCACCAGAGCUGCGAGAUACUGCAACAUUGCGCGACUUGGACGACGACUUCUCCGUGACAGCACUUGGCCUUCGUUGGGAGCCAGAAACGGAUAACCUUCUCUUCAAGACUCCAAAGUGGAAGGAACACGCAACGCCAACUAAGAGAACGGUACUUUCCGACAUCAGCAGCCUUUUUGAUCCACUGGGGUUGAUUGGUCCGACGAUCGCCAGGGCUAAAAUCAAGCUUCAAGGAUUGUGGAAGCUGCAGCUUGACUGGGACACACCAGUACCCGAUCAGUUCGCCCACGAUUGGACCUGUUUUCGGCAGAAACUCAUCGCACUCGUACAUGUUCGUGUUCCACGUCACGUUCUUCGUCCGGGUUACACACGCCUGGAGAUUCAUGGCUUCAGCGAUGCUUCGGAGGACGCCUAUGGCGCAUGCAUAUAUCUUCGCUCCGUUUUCGCUGCUGGAACGUGUACCGUACGUCUUCUCAGCGCAAAGUCCAAGGUUGCUCCGAUCCAAACGACGACUAUUCCUCGCCUUGAGUUGUGCGCAGCGCAGCUCUUCUCCAGACUUCUCACGAAGGUUUUGGACAGCGUCGACGUUUCAGCAACGACAUACCUGUGGACUGAUUCAACGAUCGUGCUGAACUGGAUCUUGGCCACACCGUCAACCUGGAAGACGUUUGUAGCGAACCGUGUGGCAGAAAUACAAGAGCUCACGUCUCAUGCUGUGUGGCACCACGUCCCGUCAGAAGAUAAUCCCGCAGAUUUAAUCUCCCGUGGAAAAGACCUCGAUGAACUUCUCGACGCUUCGUUGUGGUGGAACGGACCGACGUGGUUGCACUCCGAGACUUCUCCGUGGCCCGAAACCGUACCCUAUUCCACAGCUACCACGGAGAUUCUUGAGACUCGUAAGACAGUGGCCCUUCCAGUUGCUGACCAAGAACCACCCGAUAUCAUCGAUCGCUACCACAGCAUUCGUCAAGUGCUCCGAGUGGCUGCCCUCCUCUGGCGAUUCUGCGAAAACUGUCGUCGUCACGCACAAAACCAACCACUCGUUGUUGGACCGCUGACUCCCGAAGACAUCGACCACGCCUUGUUGAUGCUGAUUCUCAGAGUCCAAGGGCAGUGCUUUGACAUCGAGAUACGGCAGCUCACUAGUUCUGGCCAGGUGGACAGAAAGUCGAAGCUCCGUUUCCUACAUCCCCAGAUUGUGGACGGAAUAAUCCGAGUUGGCGGCCGGUUGCACUUCGCGCGAAUACCGAUCGACGAGAGACAUCCCAUCGUGCUACCUGCUAACCAUCGACUCACUGAGAUGAUCUGUCGACGAGAGCACCUCAAGACGCUGCACGCUGGUCCAGGAUUGCUGCUUUCGUCCCUCCGUCAGAGAUUUUGGCCUCUUGGCGGUCGGAACCUUGUGCGAAAGGUCGUUCAUCGAUGCGUCACGUGUACGCGAGCCAAACCUCAGUCGUUGCAGCAGCUGAUGGGCAACCUUCCACCAGUUCGGGUCAACCAGGCGUACCCAUUCCAAAACGUUGGUGUCGACCUUGCUGGGCCAUUCUACGUUCGAACCACGUUAAGGAACAAGCGAACACCGUUUUUCAAGGCCUACAUUGUGGUGUACGUCUGUAUGGCUACAAAAGCUGCGCAUCUCGACCUCGUCACCGAUCUGACGACCGCAGCAUUCAUCGCCAGCCUUCGUCGAUUCGUCAGUCGAAGGGGAAAGCCGAGCCACAUCUUCUGCGAUAAUGCGACCAACUUCGUCGGUGCACAACGAGAGCUAGGGGAACUGAGGAAACUCUUCCAGUCCCAACACCAUCAGGAUGCUGUAGCCAGAGAGUGCACGGAUGAUGGAAUCGAAUUCCACUUCAUUCCGCCCCGCUCGCCGUCGUUUGGAGGAAUCUGGGAGGCAUGCGUGAAGUCCGCCAAGAUGCAUCUGCGCAGGAUUCUUGGAAAUGCUCAUUUGACCGAGACCGAACUCCAGACAGCUCUGUGCCAAGUUGAAGCAAUGCUUAACUCUCGUCCGAUUACGCCAAUGCCAGGCGCUCCAACAGACGAACUCUCGCUGACUCCAGGACACUUCUUGAUCGGUCGGCCGCUUAACGCGAUGCCUGAUCCCGAUAAGACUAGCAUCUCAGAGAAUCGUUUGUCUCGCUGGGAACGAGUUCAGCAGUUGUCGCAGCAUUUUUGGAACCGCUGGCAUACUGAAUACCUCACCACGCUGCAACAUCGAUACCGGUGGACUGAAGCAUUGGAUAACCUUGCCGUUGGGUCCAUCGUCGUCUUGAAGGAUGAACAGCUACCACCGCAGAAGUGGGCCCUGGGUCGCGUGCUUAGCGUGCAUCCCGGUACCGAUGGCCGUGUUCGAGUAGCCACCGUGAAGACCAGCUCCGGAAUCAUGCAACGUGCGAUCUCUAAGCUGUGCCUGCUUCCUGUUGAGAUCGAUCCGGAAUCCGUUUCACCGACGCCAGAACUAGCUGGUCCUAGCUCAGGGUGAGAAGUCGCUAGUACGGGGUACUGGCCCAAGCUCGGGGGUAUCGAGCGUUUUCCUGGUACAUCUGUAAAGAGAACAAGGCCUCGCCGUGUGGGCUUUUCGGAGCCCCCGGCUGAGACUUGACAGCAGUUAAGUACUCCCGUUUGUGUUCUCUUCCGAUCGAUACAACCGUGUUUAAUUACAGUUUUCCAUCUACUACAAGAUCAACGAUGCACCAGAACCCAAGACAGCGCCAGCCCUGUGAAGCAACCACAUCAAAGAAGAAAUGCGUUCGAGGAACAUCUCUAAUAAGAAAAAAAAGUCUCGUCAUGUGGGUUCGGUAAUUCCGACCCCUUGGGGUGCGGCAACCCCGGCCCCGUGACCGAGACUUAACGCAAGUUAAGUUCUCCUUUUACACUACUCAUUGCCAGUCGUCGUACGAAUUCUUCUUCCCCACAGAAACAAUCAGGGACGUUUCCAUGUCGUGCGACGUCGACGAUGCGUAGCCGUCUCCUGCUGAAGCAGCAAUACCGACCUAUCCUCCAGGUCCUCCAUGGAAUAUGAUUCCCCCGCUGAUGUUCAAAUGAACGAACGAAAUUUCAUUGGCGGCCGGAAUGUUCACUACUUACCUAAAGAAUACCUGAAAUGAAAUUAAAAGAAAUAUGUAAAUACUCACCUACACGAUGCACUCACCAUACACCUAGAAAAUAAGAACACAUAAUUAAUACUUACCAGUUUUUACACACAUCACACACUGUGUGAAACCAGAGACAGGCGGUGAAACACGCCUUGUUGACAAUACACAAACAACACAAAAAACACAUUGUAAAUAGGAAGACAAGAGAAGUAGAGUAUAAAAAUAGAGACGAAAUAGACAAGUUUGGAUUACCAAAUCGAACGGAAGGUGUUGUGCAUUUUUAUAAUCGCGAAAGAAGUUGCUCGGGAUUUUGUGGAGGUGUUUCGAGUCAUUCGAAAAUAAUUCACGUUCGGUAAAAAUACGAGAAAGAAGGUGCCGCAAGUGAAUAAAUCAGUACUGCGGCAAUCAGUGCUUAGACACCAGCUAUAUUUGACACUAAUCUAAAUUGAUACAAUAGUAACUAUCAGUCACAUUUAUUCAACAU